AUGGUGGCACUGGAAGAAAAGAUGACACUGAAUCUUGGGCAAGGGGCCAACUGCGCUAUUGAAGACGCGGCCGCUUUGGCUAACGGGCUGCAUGACGCUCUGCGGGCUGGGCAUUCAGCACACAGGCUCUGCGAUGAGGAGAUUGACAACCUUGUCUCCGAGUUCAGCGACGUACAAGUCAAACGCAUGUCCAAAAUCUACGCCCUGUCGAGGAUCGUCGAACGCUUGCACACUCGCGCAAACCUUGUAUACAGGGUAGUGUUGCGAUAUUUGGUUCCAUACGCUGGGGACGAAACCGCGAAGAGUGUUUUGAAGAUUUUAGAAGGGGCUACAGUCUUGGACUUCAUCCCCGUACCCACUCGCUGA